AUGUUAAAUUUAAACGAUGAUAAUUUACGUUGGAUUAAAAAAGACUCAAAUGAUGCUGCAAUGAACUUUACAGAAACACCUGAUGGCAAUCUUCAAGAAUGUAAUUCAUCUAAAGCUUUUUAUAGCCUUAAAGAAAAAUACAACAGAAACAAUUUGAUAAAAGGCGAUGAAAAUAAUGAUAGUUUAACUUCUUUGAUUCGGUCAAAUCAACAAAAUCGAUCGAACAAAACACCUAACCCUAUUGAAGAUAGUAGAAAGUCAGAUGCCUGUGCACUGGUAAGAAGGCGACAUAUAACAGAUACAAAUAGUUUAAAACAUUUUAACAUGCAUCCCACGUGUACUUUAAAUAUAUAUAAUGAUUAUCAUUCAAAUUCAUUUAUGACCAAUUCAAAAUCUAUAAAUGAUGUAUCAAAAUGUUUUACUCGUGGCCAGUCCUUUGCUGAGCACAUUGUUCCAAGUAGCCAAUCAACACUCAAAACGAAUAAUUGCAUUACGGAAUCAUGGAGAGAAAUCAAUCAUGUUGAUAAAAUUAAUCUUACUGCAGCUUUAUUAUCUCACUUGAAUUCAUUGACCAAUAAGAUAAUGCCGCUUAUUAAUUUACAUUCAUUAGCCAAUCCAUUUCAGCAAAUUCCAAUUCAGGUACGGAUAUAUUAUAUACUCAAUUUUGGUUUAUGUGUUUAG